AGGUCGACGCCCCGCAUGUUGAGCAGAAGGAGAAGGAAGAUGAGGAGAAAGAUGCGCGUCUCUCGCGCGAGGUCGCAGCCCCCGUGCCGGAGGAAGCCGCAGCCGAACCAGAGCACGACGAGCCAGCAGCGCCCGCAGCAGACGUACAGGAGGAAGAGAUAUGCCAGGCUGACUCGGCACCACCCGCGCAGGAGUGCAUACAGAUGGUAGCAAUUAUCGAGCAACAGCCAGAAGCUGCUGCGCCGGAGCCAGUCCGGGAAGAGCCUCCGCAGCAAGUGCAAGAAGAAGAAGAAGAAGAAGAAGAAGAAGAAGAAGAAGAAGAAGAGUUGAUACCGCCUCCCAUGGAGGAGGUCAGGGAAGCCGAGCCAGUGCCUUGUCCUGUCGAAGAGACGCAGGAACCCCAAUCAGUGCCUUGUCUCGUGGCGGAAGUUAGGGAAGCGGAACCGGUACCACCUCCAGUCGAAGAAGUACCGGAACCAGAAGCAAUGCCUUCUUACGUGGAGGAAGUACGGGCGGAACCAGAGCCGGUACAUCAAGAAGUUAGGGAAGAGGCACAGGCCGUCGAGGAAAUCCCGCCACCGCAGCAAGAAGUGCAAGUAGAGAUGCCUCCAGCAGCCGAGAUGCGCGCCGAACGGGAACCGGAUGUAUGGAUGGACGAGGACCUUCCGGCUCCCCCGGAAGAGGAACUCGUUCCCGUCACGCCGACAGAGGAACAGCAGGAAGCCGCUACGCUCACAGAAUCCGCGCUGCAACAAGCGGAGGAUGCCGUCAAACAGGAGGAGCCCCUACACAGCGAUGCAGCUCAGGAGGAGAUCAGAGUAGAAACCCCGCUUCCAGCACCCGACGAGGUGCAACUAGAGAGCGAGCCAGUCUCGCACGAGCACGUUGAAGAAACGAGAGAAGCAGCUCAUCGGGAAGAAAUCAGAGUGGAGACGCCGCUACUAGCACCCGACGAAGUACCGCUAGACAGCGAGCCAGAGUCACACGAAACCAAUGAGCAACACACGCUCGAGGAGAUCAGAGUGGAGACGCCACUGCCUGCACCGGACGAGGUGAACCUAGAGAGCGACGCCGAGGAACAGCAGACCGACUCGCGCAUUCCGACGCACGACCAAGAAGCCGACGUUCCUGCCUCUGACAUUCCUCUCGAGAGCGCUCCCGCCACCGCCGCCGCCGGAUCCUCGGAAGGGCACCGCGAGGUCGAGCAGGAGGAGCCUUCGUCGGAGGUGUCCAUAUCGUCGGAGGGAGGCGUCGAGGUUGAAGAACUGGAGACGAAGGACCUUCCCGCUCACGAGCACGCGCCGACGACGGAGGAGCUGAUAGCCGAGGAGCAGCGGCUGCUGCAGGACCUCAUACGCCACGCGAGCCAGGAGGUCGCCAACACCGAGCAUCAGAAGAUUCUAGAGGAGCUACUCGAGCAGACACGCCACGGAUCCUACGAUCCUACCGAUUCAACGGUCAACCACGCCGCAACCCUGAUCCAAGCGCAGUUCAAGGGCUACAAAACGAGGAAGCACUACCAAGAACAACGACAUCACAAAGAGGAGACUGAGGCCCAGCAACAUGAGGGCCAACAAGAAGGAAGUCAACAACAAGAUGGACAACAACAAGAGGGUCAACAGCACGAGAGCCAAGUUGAACACGAAGGCGAGCAACAUGAGAGCCAACAACAGGAAGCCACAGAAGAACAGAGUUGAAGAGAUGCCACAGCAGCGGCAGCGGAUAGCUAGACAAAAACACUGGCAUCCGUCGCGGAGACUGUCGCGCAGCAAGCGAGCGGCGCCCGGACGGCCACCGGUCGCAUCUUCUCGCCGAAUCCCGCGAGAACGGGCGAGACCGAUGCGCAGCAGCCGUCCACGCAUGCGCACUGACGUGUGCGACCGGAGAUAGAUAACGCGGGAAGCAGGCGAGAACGCGCGUUGCUAGCAUAGGGUCCCCCUGCGCAUGCGCCCUGACAUCACGGUCGUCGAACAUGAAGCCGCGCUGUGUGCGCACGCGCGUGCGUGGGCGUCGGUUGAGCGGAUGUUGCGUAUACGCACCACCGCGAAGUCAUUUAUUUAUACAUGUAAAUCUGUGUUUGCCUCGUAGAGUAAACGCGGCGCGGUACGACGUCACCGCAUCGUGUUUCACUAUAUUACAUUUUAAAUUAUGCACAUUGUUAUGUAUAAUCUCACCUCUCUAUACACGCAAUUCUGCUAGAAAUCACGAUUGGCGGGUGGUUAUAAAAUAUAAAGUUAACCUGGAAGAGAGGUAUCACUCUUGGUGAUCUGCGAACAAAGCGGUCGAUUACAAUCAUGGAUAUGUAAUAUAUAUAUAUAUAACGGAUAUACAUGUAAUAACAUGGAUAUACAUAUAUACACACAUAUAUAUAUAUACACAUAUAUACACAUAUAUAUGGACAUGCAUAUACGGCAUGUAUAUAUCUACCGUCUCCCUUCAUUGAAAUACACGCGUUACUGGCAGUAUACGCGCCACCAUCCACAGAAUAGACGGUUUGCCAGACACGUGUCGGUGGCGCCAUCUAGCGGAAACUCUCGCCGGUUUUGAGAGUUUGAAUUACAGCGAGCACUUACGCGAGUAAACUGGAUGCGUUGGAGUGACAUUCGCCGCACAGCGGGUACGUGACAUCCUGUCACUACAGGAAGUCGUUAUCACGGGGUGAAAACCUGCAAAUUAUGCUACACGUCAUAGCACAUCGCACGCGAACAAAAAACGAGUUACGAAUUAAUACAUUUAUCACGUAAAAUCGUAAAUUGAACAGCUCUCUCAGACUGAGUGUUUUUCUGGUGCUUCAUAAUUUAGGAAGUGAAAAAAUGGAUUGUAAACCUCGACCGAUUGAGAUUUCGAUUUAUUCUAGCGGCUGCAAUUAAUUCCACGACGAAUUUCGCACGCGAAAAACACAAACGAGUCCAUCGUACUGUGCGGAAACAGCGCAUCCUCGAAUGUCAUUUGAGUAAUACAGUCGAUAAGAAAAAAGUAAUAAGCGUCGAUAUUCAACUACCGCCAUAGCAAACUAGACACGUUUAACGGCAUCUUGGAUGUGCGAAACGGGGUACCAUCGACGCUUUAAUACAGACGUUUCAAGACAAUUCAGUCAGUCUUGUUCUCUAAUUUCAUUGACAACGACACCGGCCUUUCGCGCGAGCGAAUGUAAAUGUAGAAGCUAUGCAGAUAAAUAAUAUGAUAAUAUGGCGACGUGAUCCGGUCGGUACUUCACCACAACUAGCGUAGAUUUAGAGUAGGUCAGUAAAUCCCUAUAGUGUUUUCCUCACACGAACACCGUAAUCACGGUGUAUAGCGCAGUUGACAUUCACACUGAUUACACAGUCGUGUUGGAAUAAAAUCUUAGCUUCGUACUAUAACUAAUUGUGUUUGUUUUCUAUUCUAUAAUUACGAUGACAAUGCACGGACGUUCUGUUGCUUCUGCUGUCUAUGACAAUGGACGAGGUAAUAAAAGAACGGGAUGACAAUGUGGAGGGAGGUCGCCCACAGAAGAGCCAACAACAGCUAAGAAUGUGUGAAUGAAGGUAGAGCACAGACAGAAAGGGCGAAUGUUGGUCAUGGGUCGUACCGAUACACUCGAUAAGGUCAAAUAUGAAGCGUGUAUUGUUGCUGUUGUGUGUGUGUGUGUGUAUGAAAUAAUGUAUGCAUCUUGCUUGAAUAAAAUGUGAAACUGUAUAUAAUAAAA